AUUAAGAAGGUAUUUGGCAUUUGCAUUAUUACCAUAGUCUUUUAUGUCAACACUUUUUUUAAAUUUGGAGCAUAUAAAAUAAUAAGUAUUUCUAUUUCAAGCUACCUACCGUAGGUAUCCGUCGGUUUGACUAAGAAAUAACAAUAAUUGAUAGCGGAGUGGUAAAUCAAAUGACAGUGACAAGCAGUUUUAAAUCUCAUUCUUCAAGCACUUUCCUUGUUUUCAUACUUAAUAGCUUUAAAGCUUGAACAAAACAUGUUUUCAAAAGAGGAACCAUUCACUACAAGAAUGCGUUACGAAACGCGAAAAAUUCACUCCGUUAGUGAUGCAUUGGUGAAUGCGAAAUUUGCACUUUCUUUAAAGGAUCCUUCCGUUUGGGGCGGAGGUUUAUUUGUGUUUUAUCACAUUUUUGCAUAUUUAGAAGAUGCCAAAGACAAGUUAAAUGUGCCAGAACUCAAAAAAAUAUUUGUUGAUCCAGUCAUGGAGAGAAAGAAUGAAUUUGAAGUGGACCUAGCAGAAUAUUUGGGUGAAGAUUGGUCUCUUUUGCCAAAGUCACCCGAACUAGAGAAUUAUUUACAGCAUUUAAAAAAUCUGGAAAGAGACAAGCCUAUUUUAUUAUUGGCAUAUAUAUAUCAUUUAUAUUUAGGCAUGCUGAGUGGCGGUCAAAUACUGGCUAAGAAACGUAAUCUAUUUGGGGAAGAUCAAGAGAAACCUCGGAAGUAUCAAGACAGAGUGACAUGUUUCGGAAAUGUUGACAUCGGAGAAUUGAAAAAGAAAAUGAAACAGGCGAUGAAUGAAAUCGCCGAAAACAUGUCGGAGGAUGAGAAACUUGAAUUUAUUGAAGAAAGCAAUCAUGUGUUUAUAAUGAAUAAUUUAGUUGUUAAUUCUAUUCAAGGACAGAGUCAAAUUAUUAAUAGGAUCCUGUAUAAGUCAUCUUUAGUCCUACUUUUUGUUGUUGGAGUUACAAUAGCUUAUAAAAUGGUCAGAUAAAUUGCCAUUCAGUGCAAUUUAUUCCUGUAUCUAUAAGUCAAUGGAAGCCCUGAUAAGUGAUUACUAUGACGAACCAAAGUAUUGUUAUUUGUUACUAAUAAUUUAGAAAGACAUCAUCAUUGAUUAGAAUUAAUUUUUUUAGUGCCAUUAAAAAUUUAUUAGCUUUA